GCGCCCGGGCGUCAGUCGGGCCGCAGCGACAGCGGCAGGAGCGUGUCCAGGCGUCGCCUGGGGCUGCGCUCGGCGGGCGGACAGCUAGCUCGGUGAGGAGCUGAGCAGAGCGAGUCGCGGUUCACGGUCCGCGGCCGGACGCAUGGCUUAGGGCGCUCGCCGCCGCUCCCCAGCAUGGGGAAACUUCACUCGAAGCCGGCCGCCGUGUGCAAGCGCAGGGAGAGCCCGGAAGGUGACAGCUUCGCUGUGAGUGCUGCUUGGGCACGGAAGGGCAUCGAGGAGUGGAUCGGGAGGCAGCGCUGCUCUGGCGGCGUUUCAGGACCCAGACAGCUGAGAUUGGCAGGCGCUGUUGGUCGAGGCACCCGGGAGCUCGUGGGUGACACUUCUAGAGAGGCGCUUGGUGAGGAGGACGAGGACGACUUCCAACUAGAAGUGGCCCUACCACCUGAGAAGACUGAUGGCUUGGGCAGUGGAGAUGAGAAGAGGGUGGAGGAAGUGAGUGUAUCUGGCCCAGGUGCUAAGAAGCAGCUGAAGUUUGAAGAACUUCAGUGUGAUGUGUCUGUGGAGGAGGACAGCCGGCAGGAGUGGACUUUCACCCUGUAUGACUUCGACAACAAUGGCAAAGUCACCCGUGAGGACAUUACCAGCUUGCUGCACACCAUCUAUGAGGUGGUUGACUCCUCUGUGAACCAUUCCCCGACAUCAAGCAAGACACUGCGGGUGAAGCUCACUGUGGCCCCCGACGGGAGCCAGAGCAAGAGGAGUGUUCUUUUCAACCACACUGAUCUGCAGAACACGAGGCCCCGGGCAGAGACCAAGACUGCCGAGGAGCUGCGUGCCUGGGAGAAGAAGCAGCGAGCCCCUCUCAGGUUUCAGGGUGACAGCUACCUGGAGCAGCUGGGCUGCCAUCACCAUUGUGUGGAUGAGAACAUUGAAAGGAGAAACCACUACCUAGACCUGGCGGGGAUAGAAAACUACACAUCUCAGUUUGGGCCUGGCUCCCCUUCCGUGGCCCAGAAGUCAGAGCUGCCCCCCCGCACCUCCAACCCCACUCGCUCUCGCUCCCAUGAACCAGAAGCUGCCCACGUCCCACACCGGAGGCCCCAGGGUGUGGACCUAGGUUCCUUCCACCUCCUUGACACCCCAUUCUCCAAAGUCUCAGAACUCCAGCAACGGCUCCGAGGUACUCAGGAUGGGAGCAAGCACUUUGUAAGGUCCCCCAAGGCCCAGGGCAAGAGUGUGGGAGUGAACCAUGUGGCCAGAGGGGCAAGAAGCAAGCCCCCACUGGUGCCUACUGCCCCCACUCUGUCCCCUUCUACCCACUUGGCCACCAGCCCAGCCCUCCCCACCCUGGCACCCCCAGGCCACAAGAAGCACAAGCACCGAGCCAAGGAGAGCCAAGCCGGCUGCCGGGGCCUGCAGGCCCCACUGGCUGCAGGAGGCUCCACCGUCACAGGGCGGGAGCAAGUGAGGGAGCUGCCUACUGUGGUGGUAUAUGAGAGCCAGGCUGGGCAGGCGAUCCAGAGACAUGAGCACCACCACCACCAUGAACAUCACCACCACUACCACCACUUCUAUCAGCCCUAGCUAGACCCUGCCUGGCCACACAUGAAGGACUCACCCCAACACCCCAAGGCAUUAUUCUAUUAAUUAUUGUUAUUAUGACAAUUGUUAUUAAUUAUUGUUAUUCCACUAAUAUUUAGCUAGCCUUCAUGUAGAGGAUAUAUGGAAACACAGAACUAAACUUUUAUUUAUA